AUGAAGAGCAAGAUCUUUUAUCAGGAUUUAGGAGUUACCCUUGGCUGUCCAAGGAAGUGUGUCACUGUGGGACUGGGGUUCAGAAGUGCUGCCUCUUCCGGUCUCUUUGGCCUCAGCGGCAGCAGCAAGAUUACGAAAGGGACGUCAUCCUUUGGAAAGCGUCGCAACAAGACGCACAUGCUUUGCCGCCGCUGCGGCUCCAAGGCCUACCACCUUCAGAAGUCGACCUGUGGCAAGUGUGGCUACCCGGCCAAGCGCAAGAGAAAGUAUAACUGGAGUGCAAAGGCUAAAAGACGAAACACUACCGCGACUGGGCAGAUGAGGCACCUGAAAAUUGUCUAUCGAAGAUUCAGACAUGGAUUCCGUGAAGGGACAACACCUAAACCCAAGAGGACAGCUGUUGCAGCAUCCAGUUCAUCUUGAGGAAUUUCAGUCAGUCAUAAAAUAAAUGUUCUGGUUUCAAAAGAAAAAAAAAAAA